AUGCGACACCGAGUGACUGGACUAUCCGCUGCACAGUUCUAUGUUGCCGCUCCAGCUAGAAUACGCAAUGCUACGACGGUAUGGGCUCCAGCGAAAAAGGGAAAAUCAAAAUCAAAAGAAACCAAUUCUUCUUCUGCAGCUGCUGCUGCUAAUAAGUCGAGUGUUGUGGAUACGAAAUACCCAGCUUGUAUUCGUGCUGUUCCUCCUUCUUCAGUUGGUAUAACUAUACACGCUAAACCUGGUUCCAAAAUUGCCACAAUUACAGAUUUUGAUGACGACGCAUUGGGAGUACAAAUUGAUGCCCCAGCAAGAGAUGGUGAAGCUAAUGCUGCUUUGCUUGAUUAUAUUAGCCAGGUCAUAGGAGUGAAGAGACGGCAGGCUUCUUUAGGUUCUGGGUCCAAAUCUAGGGACAAGGUGGUGCUUGUGGAGGAGAUUUCCUUGCAAACUGUUUUUGAGGCCUUGAGCAAUGCUUGCAAGUGACCAUUGGUGAGGGUGUAAGAAUUUGCCAUCUGCCCCAUGGAGAUUUUCACAAAACAGUGAAUAGGCGAUGAAGUUUAGGUGCUUCUUCAUCUCAAUUACAUUUUGUUGUAAAUGAUGCAGAUUGAACCCAUACAAAUUUUGGUUGGUGGAAGCUUCACUAUGAGAUUUAUAUUACAGGUCCGCAGAAUCCAUUUGCCUGCACCCAUACCAAUACCAUGCCUGUAAUUUGCUUCUAACCCCACCAUGUUACAUCAUAUGAUAUGUUUUAACUUCAUGCCCACUUUAAUCAGAAAUUUCAUUGUUUCACGUA